GGAUGCGCUAUGAGCGGGAUCUGCGACAGCACACAUUUGCUCACCGAUGCUUGAGACUGUCGAACUCUCUUCGUACACAGUCGCCCGCCCUUGCAGCGCUACUGUCUUUUGCAGCGCAUGCUAGCGUUCAACAGGUCGCAGGGUACGCUGCCUUCCCUCGCUCAACGCAGCGCCAAUAUGUAGCGGUACCGCGUGUGAACAUAUGCAACGGUUGUCGGAGGGAAGCUUCCUUUAGUAUCAAGUAUCGCUCAUCCCACUCGGCGUCAGCGCAAAGUAUAGAAGGGGAGACUGCAUAUCCAAGAUAUCUUGUCAACCACGAGUCCCUUGUGACAUCCUUUGUCCGCGAAGUCGAAGAAGUGAGCCGGGCCCGCUUCCUCCCCUUUUUUGAGGAUGCAUUGAGUCGUGAAGCCGCUCGGUUGCAUGCCAACUAUUGCUAUCUUCGUUCACCCUCUGGAUCUGAGACUGCAUGCGGGUCGUUACUUCGCAGCCUAACCUUGAAAGAUUUCCGCGCCCUGAUCGGCUUGCUUUUGCGUGCUGGAAAUAUUUCUUCCAAAGACAUUGGUAUGAUUAUGGAGGAUAUGGUCGCUCUUGGGAUACAACCACAUGCCCUGGACUGGGGCCGUCUCAUUGUAGCGUUCGGUCGCAAUCACGAUGUGAAAGGGGCUCUGCGCGUCUUCGAUCGGGUGCGUGAUACCAUGAAACCAGAUUCCAGUUGUUGGAAUGGUGUGAUCGAGGCGUUUGUGCAUGCGCGCGAUCCCGCUGGUGCCGAAAGAUGGUAUAGAGAAAUGAAGAAGACAAAGACUUCGGUAACUGAAGUAACACUUGUCCUCAUGAUCGAAGUGUAUGAACGUGCCCGAGACUUGAAAAUGGCGGAGAAGUAUUGGGCGAUUAUGAAUCAACGACUGGGGAUAAUACAGAAGAAUGAGAACCAUAGAGAUUCUAGUGCUAAGCGACCACCAAAUUUACGCACAUUUAACCGGCUGAUAAAGCUUGCUUGUGAUCGUGGACGGAUGGAUCGAGCUAUGGACCUGUACAAUUCGAUGGUAAAAUGUGGCCAGAAACCCAACAUAGGCACAUUCACAUUGCUGCUGAAGGGGUAUGUGGAAAAAGGAGAUGUGAAUUCGGCGGGCAAGGUGCAUCGACUACUUCGUUACAUGAAUGUAAAGCCGGACCUCGUGUUUUACUCGCUGCUACUGAGUGUUCACGCAAAGCGAGGACAUAUGAGAGAGGUCGGCCGCCUUUUGAACAGGUUAUACGAAGACGGGAUUCAACCCGACGUCGGCGUUUAUAAUAUCCUUAUAAAUGGAUACGGAAGAACAGGACGGUUGAACAACGUCCGCGAAUUCUAUACCGCGAUGCUUAACCAGCGACUUGUGCCUGACCGGUGGACUUUUGCCGCUCUUAUUUCUGCGCAUGUCAAGGCAGGAGAUGUGGAUGGAGCGAAGAGCUGGUUCGAUGAAGGUCUUUCAGCAUGGAAAUCCGGCAAUGAAGGGGCAAGUCUCGAACCAAGCGCCUAUGCGUACACAAGCUUGUUGGAUGCGUACGGCCGCCGAGGAGAGUUACAACUCUGUCGGCAGCUCUUUUCCGAAAUGCUAAGUGCCGGUGUGAAGCCCACUGUUGCCACUUAUACUGCUCUCAUAAAUGCGCACAUAAGCGGAAAUGAUGUACAAGGUGCCACACGAUGGUUUCAAGCCAUGCAGAGCUCUGGGAUGUCUCCAGAUGCUCUCCUCUACGCGGUUAUAGUGCGAUCUUUUGCUGCUCAGAACGAUUUUGACCGAGCAAUGCAAUGGAUGGCUUCAAGGAAAAUCGACGGAAUAACAUUAACUGAGGAAAGUGGUGCAGUUUUCAUCAAAACCUGUCUUGCACAGCAAGAUGUGGCGGCUGCGCUUGAAAUCUUCGUGGAAGCCACAGAAACGGGCGUUGUUCUUCCCUCGAUGAUAUACGAGGCACUUGUCCGUAGGCUGGCUGACAAGUUUGUAUCUGGGGAGGAGGAACGUCUGACGGACACAGAGGGGAUGAACGAACAAAUAGUGAAUCAUAAAGGGGAACCACCGGAUUCAGAGCAGUUUUUAACUUCCCGGAAUGCCAUCUGUUCCGUGUAUGCUCAAUACCGAAAAGUACUCUCGCAGCUGGAUUCUUCACCGAACCCGUUGAUAUAUGAAACGAUGGUUGGAUAUUUCAUGGCAGCACGCAUGCAUGGCGAGGCAAAGGAGGUCAUCCGGAAUAUGAUAGAGGAUGGGUGUCCAAUUACGCCGCGGGCGCCGGUUCAAAUCAUUCGUGGUCUUGCCACAGCAGAGGGCUGGUGGGCAGUUCGGACCUGGCUGACUGGACUGAGACGUUGGAUACACGAGAUGAGCGUCAAAGCAUUCGCAUGCAGAACCGAUAAUGACGAAGGACUGCAAAUCCUAUGGCGGGAAGGUCUUAUUCACCCUGAUUUUACUGAUUCUCUUAACACCGCUGAUGGCGAGGGAACAAUAUCAUCGCUGAAGUUUGACGCAUGGAAAGUUGACCGAGUCCUAACAGCGUGCGAGGCGUUCACCUUUGGCAUGUAUGCCCUCUGGCCGCUAGUGUCGAAUCUCCACCACGUAAAAGAUGUGAAGCGUGAUUUCAUCGUAGUCAACAAAGCGCGGGCGAAACCCGAUGCGGAAAGGUUUAUGCUCGAAUGGGGGGCGGUGGAGUAUUGGGAUGCUAUUCUGUCACUUUGGACUCUUGUCGAUGCCAAAACGAAGUCAAAAGCAAGCAAAAAGAGCGGUCUGCAUAAGCAGCUGGACUGUGUUGCCGCCCCCCCGUGCGAACAGACAAACGUCAACCAAAGUGAGACGCGGGUGACCGAAAUAGUAUUUCCUGCUUCGUUCAAAGAGCUUCCCGUAACGGAGCAACCCGUCUAUGUCCCCAAAUCACCUAAUCUAUCCAACCCUUUGGAAAUGGACCUGCUGUUAGCCACAUUUAUCCAGGCGUUUUUGCGUCAUUGCGAGAUGAACGGAACCUGGGGUGCGCGAAAGAAAGCGCUUGACUGGCUUCUUGAAAAUGAAUGGGAGGUGCGGGCUGAAAGUAGUAGAGGAGGUUAUUUGGCUCAGGACUAGCAUUAUAUCUAUAACACUUUAGUGCUUCUUAAUCAAUUAGAAAGUUCUAAUGUGAAGCUAGCCACUUCU